AUGGCUUACCGACAGCAUGGGCUGUCGCGCACCUUGCCGAAGAACUUCACCUUCUAUUCCGCAGGCACCGAAGAGCCUCGGACGCCUGAACGUGCAUCCAUUCAUGUGGACGGACCACCUCCACCUCCCCGCCAUUCGAGUUGCCGCUUACGAAGAUCGCGCAUUCGCUCGGGGACCGACCUCUUCGCGCAGGCAGAGUACGAUCGCACCACGCUUACCGCCAACCCAUCGGACAUCCCACUGCCUUCUAUUGAGUUACCUCCGUCGCAUGACGCUUCUAUAGCUCAGUCAUACCCUGGAUCCAUUGCCAAAGAUGAUCGCUUCCUGGCGCCUCCUCGUGACCGAAUGGCCCUGAAGACACCCCCGGCCCAGAUCCGCGGCAGUCCAUCUGAACCCAACGACGGAUGGUCUUCGUGGGACUCUCAAGCUAUUGGGCAGUCGCUGCAGCGCCCUGGGUCUGCCUGUUCCCAGGCAUCUGACUCCUCAAUUUCCUCAUGUGAGACUUUAUCUUCGCGGCGUUCCGUGGGUGGAAGUUGCACCAGCGCAGAAAGUGACAGUUAUGAUCCCUUCUUCUAUCUCGAGAUUCCGCCGAAGCAGAUGGCGGAAAAGCCAUCCGUGCCUACGGCGAACCACAAGAGAACAAAUCGCGGCUUUCCCAAGAGAGAACGGUGGACUCUGGAUAUGGACAACCACCUCUGGAAUACUUAUCAGCUAUACAUACAAGAUCCGACCAUCACCCCUUUCAAAAUGACACCUGGUAGUAUUCCCCCGCUCGGUGUUACACACCGGGUUGCUAGAGAGGCCAAGAGAUCGUGGGAAAGGAAGCGAUACAGGCUUGCACGACCUUUCACAUCCUCCAUACACCAACCGCAACAACCACAGAGCGGCGAAACGACACCAACACCACGGACAGAAUCUCCAAAGACUACCUGGCCCAAGACUGAAGCCUCGACUAGGCGUCGUCUGAAGCUUCUUUGCAAGCGCAAAUUUUCAAUCGCGCCUCAUUACCAGAGGCUCAUGCAGUCCCGCAGCCCCACUCCGUUCCUGGAUUUGUUCUCGCGGCCUUCGCACGAGGAGCACCCUCUAGACAGCCCUGGAAACAGCUCAACUACUUAUGCCACUCGUGAUCUGGGUGUCUCCCUGGUCUCUAGCUCUGUGCCUGGACCUCUUUCACAGCUUGCAGCCGAGCACCAUUCUCCGCAAACUACAGCGUACGACUGGCCGCCAAGUCAAGCAGUGCCUUGCGCGCCACAGACCAGUUGUGCAAGACCGAUUGCGAAAACAACACAGCUCCAUGCAGAACAUCCGGGGUCUACCCCGCGCCUUGGGUCUCCAUUUACAUACCACACCUGGGGCCCGACCAAUUCAAGAAAGAGAACUUCCAGGCAUACGCCCAGGACCAGGCGAGAGACAAUACACGUGACCGGGUCCCGGUUGUGCUCUCCUCCACGCACGGAAGUCUUACCAGCUACCGACGACAGCAACAUCGUAUAUUCUGUGCCACGGCCUGCUGAAGUGUCGUCAGAUCACGAGACCGAGGACCAUCUGGAGACUCUGAUCCGGGACGGCAAGUUGAGUGACAUUGGUAAUCGUCGCCUGCGGAUCCGAAAUCGUGGAGCAACAACAAGCUCCAUCACUCCUCAAAACCUGGACCAGUUCUUCUCUCCACCCUCGUCUGCGUCCCGAAACGAGGAAACGACACCUGUUGAGAAAGCCCUACCCAACCCUCUGUUGGACUUGAGCGGGGAGAACCUCAAGCGCCUCGGUUCUCCUUUCAAGGUGGAUGCAUCGAAACGCCACGAGGGACGCAGAAUCAGGCACGUCCCCUCUUUGUCUGACCCUUUUGCGAGCGGACUUUUGCCCCAAAUCAGACCCGUCAACCGAGGUGCUCCAUCCAAGGACCAACAGAACAUGACCUGUGCACUGCCUUAUGACCCGACUGAGUAG